ACACUUCUGACAUGAAUCAUUGACCUGUGUAGGUGAAGUAAACGUAGAUUUGUGACAAUUUCAUAAAUUGGUAGAUUCGUUCCCUGAUAUUCGGAAAUGGCAGCUGCGAGAGAUUCAGAAAUUUCUCCGGCGAAUUCGUUCGGUGCUGUCGUUCUCGGCGGUACGUUUGAUCGAUUGCACGAUGGGCAUCGAACUUUCCUCAAGGCGGCGGCGGAGCUGGCCAGGGACCGAUUAGUGGUUGGAGUAUGUGAUGGCCCAAUGUUGACGAACAAGCAAUUCUCUGAAAUGAUACAACCCAUUGAAGAAAGGAUGCGUAAUGUGGAGACCUAUGUCAAGUCUAUUAAGCCCGAGCUGGUUGUACACGCCGAACCCAUUACUGAUCCAUAUGGUCCUUCAAUUGUCGAUGAAACUUUGGAAGCUAUUGUUGUCAGCAAAGAGACGUUACCCGGUGGCUUGUCAGUUAACAGAAAAAGAGCAGAAAGAGGGCUUUCUCAACUUAAGGUCGAGGUUGUGGAGAUAGUUUCAGAUGGAUCAAGUGGAAACAAGAUAAGUUCGAGUACUCUGAGGAAAUUGGAAGCCGAGAAAGCCGAGAAACAAAAACAACCCGCAAAAGAAGAAGCAUCAUGAACUCGGGAACAAGUCAUUUGUAAUAUCAUAUUUGUUUGUAAUCAUCAGAACCAGUCUUUGCCUCGCCAUUAAUGCUGUAUAUUGUUGGCUGAAACAAUCAAUAAAGGUUGACUCUUUGCA